UAAUCUAUUUGAGCGUGGAGGGAGCACUGGUUGAGAGGUGACUGCUGCCUCAAUGGAGGUGUCUGCUUUGAGGCCACACUGUCCCUUAUGCCGCCGCAGCUUCUCACGCCCCUUCUCUCUCUUUUCCUUUUUACCGUCUCCGUCACUCCAACGAAGAAAAAAUCAGUCGUUCCAAAUUUCAUACAAUGGCCUCCGGACCAGCUCUGUGCUUGAAAAUUCUGUACAAUCUAGAGAAGAUUUUUCAUGCUGUCCAAAAGGGACAUUUGUGGGGCUAAGUAAAUACAAUGGCGUAAGGUAUGAGCGUGAUUUUCCAUGCAAAAGUCCAGUUUGCAUUUCAUCUGUGAAAAUUGCAAAUGCAUCGACUGGCACACUGGAGGAGAUGACAGAGGAAGAAGAGCUGGAAUCUUUGCGUUCAUGUGAAACGAAAGUUAGGAUGACGGAUGUGGCUUCUUGCAAUAAUGGAUUUUCCGCAAGCACUGUGGGCAAAAAAUUGUCUGGUGGUGAUUGUAGAGGCUGGACUAUAGCAAAAGAUAAGUUAACAGAAAACAAAAAGGAAAUGGACGGCUCAAAUAAAUUUGACAGGGAUAUUAUACUGCAGGAUCAUCGGGAACAUGUCUCAUCUGCUGUUAAGUAUUCUGUAUUAAACAAAUCAAAGGUGUUUGUAGAUUCUGAAAGGGUGGUCCGCCAGUGUAACGAAUCUACUUUGGGAAUUGGUAAGGAGAAAAUCACUGUAAUCAAUGGUGAUCAUGGUUUGGAUGGAAUUGCAAAAGAUUCAAUUAAUGUAACAUCUGCUAAACAGGCAGGUGGUACUGACAAAAUAAACCUUCGGAAUAGGCUCUGCAGUAUCUAUGAAGAUAUUCUGGUUGUUGAUAAUAUAUCUCUUGCAGAGGAAGUUUCCAAGAUGCUCACAACAAAGUACAGGCAUCUUAUAUAUGCAUGCGAUACAGAGGUAGCCAAGAUAGAUGUCAAACAAGAAACUCCUGUAGAUCAUGGUGAGAUAAUAUGCUUCAGCAUUUAUUGUGGUCCAGAAGCUGAUUUUGGAGGUGGAAAGUCCUGUAUCUGGGUAGAUGUUCUUGAUGGUGGAGGCAAAGAGAUUUUAGAAAAAUUUGCCGAAUUUUUUAGUGACUCUUCCAUAAGGAAGGUCUGGCAUAAUUAUAGCUUUGACUGUCAUGUUAUAGAGAAUUAUGGGUUCAAAGUUUCUGGAUUCCAUGCUGAUACAAUGCACAUGGCACGAUUAUGGGAUUCUUCUAGACUUUUAGAUGGAGGUUAUUCUCUUGAAGGGCUUACAGGUGACAGAAGGGUCAUGUCUAGGACUAAGCUGAACCAUCAAAAGGAUUUGAUUGGUAAGGUCUCAAUGAAAACUAUAUUUAGUAAGAAAAAAUUGAAAAAGGAUGGAUCCGAGGGUAAAACAAGUGUCAUUGCUCCUGUUGAAGAGCUACAGAGAAAUGAGCGUAUACCUUGGAUAUGCUAUUCUGCCCUGGAUGCUAGCAGCACUUUGAAGCUGUAUGAGAGCCUAAAGGGCCACCUUUCAGACAUGCCCUGGAAAUUCGAUGGUGUGCCAGUGUAUGGGAAAACCAUGUUUGAUUUCUACAAUGAAUAUUGGCGGCCAUUUGGUGAGCUUCUAGUCAUGAUGGAGUCUGAGGGAAUGCUAGUUGAUCGGGCUUAUCUUGAAAGCAUAGAAAAGGUGGCCAAAGUAGAGGAAGAGGUAGCUGCUAAUAGAUUCCGGAAAUGGGCAAGUAGGUAUUGUCCAGAUGCCCAAUAUAUGAAUGUGGGAAGUGAUUCACAGUUGCGCCAGCUACUAUUUGGUGGCACUUUGAACAGAAAGGACUCCAAUCUGGCACUUCCAACUGAACGAAUAUUCAAAAUUCCCAAUGUUGAUAAUGUGAUUGAAGAAGGCAAGAAGGCUCCGAAAAAAUUUCGUGAUAUAAAGGUGACGAGCCUAGGUUAUAACUUGAAGACUGAGAUGUACACAGCAACUGGUUGGCCAUCAGUUAGUGGUGAUGCUUUAAAGGCCAUGGCUGGAAAAAUUUCUGCAGAUUAUGACUUUUUUGAUGAGGAUUGUAACUUGGAACUUGGUGAAGAUGGAAAUACUUCUCAAAAUCAAGUUGCACCCCUAAAAAUUGAUUCAUCUGCAUAUGGAACAGCCUAUGCUGCCUUUCCAACAGAGGAAGAAGGGAGAGAAGCUUGCCAUGCAAUUGCUGCUUUAUGUCAAGUUUGUUCUAUCAACUCUUUGAUAUCUAACUUCAUCCUUCCCCUUCAGGGACAAAAUAUAUCUGGUAAAGAUCUUCGUGUUCAUUGUUCCUUAAAUAUCAACACAGAGACAGGGCGAUUGUCAGCAAGAAGGCCAAAUCUGCAGAAUCAACCUGCUCUGGAAAAAGACCGAUACAAAAUCCGUCAAGCAUUCAUUGCUUCACCUGGGAAUUCCCUUAUAGUUGCUGAUUAUGGGCAGCUGGAACUUAGGAUUCUGGCUCACCUUGCAGACUGUAAGAGCAUGUUGGAAGCUUUUAAAGCUGGUGGAGAUUUUCAUUCAAGGACUGCAAUGAAUAUGUACCCAUUUAUUCGUGAAGCAGUUGAGAAAAAGGAAGUGCUUCUUGAGUGGCAUCCUAAGCCUGGUGAAGAUAAACCCCCAGUUCCUCUUUUAAAGGAUGCCUUUGCUUCUGAAAGAAGAAAAGCUAAAAUGCUUAACUUCUCAAUUGCAUAUGGGAAGACACCAGUUGGGCUUUCCAAGGAUUGGAAGGUUUCUGUGAAAGAUGCUAAGAAAACAGUUGACCUUUGGUACAAUGAUAGAAAAGAGGUUUUACAAUGGCAAGAGGAGCGUAAAAAGGAAGCUCACGAGUUACAUUGUGUACACACAUUGCUAGGGCGAGCACGACGGUUCCCUUUGAUGGCCCAAGCCAACACAUAUCAGAAAGGUCACAUUGAGAGAGCUGCUAUCAAUACUCCAGUGCAGGGUAGUGCGGCUGAUGUUGCCAUGUGUGCCAUGUUGCAAAUUUCCAAGAAUAAGCAGUUAAAGGAACUUGGCUGGAAAUUACUUCUACAGGUUCAUGAUGAGGUCAUAUUGGAAGGACCAACUGAAUCGGCUGAGGUUGCAAAGUCCAUAGUUGUUGAGUGCAUGUCCAAACCCUUCAAUGGCAAGAACAUUCUUAAAGUUGACCUAUCUGUUGAUGCCAAGUGUGCUCAGAACUGGUAUGCUGGGAAAUAGGUACUCCCUUGUACGGCAAAAAAGCCAUUGCUGUUCAGUUUAGAGAUGUUUUCUCAUUCAGAUAGCUUUUUCUGCUUGCUCCUAUGGUUGUUACAAACCAAAGAUGCCACUACUCUGCUGCCUCUACUUUCAAGGCAAAUAAGCCAUAGAUAUCUUCAUGUGCUUGAUUUUUAUAGAGAUUUUGUACGUCCUAGGAAGUCAUUUGUGAUAUUUUGGUAACACCAAAGCAUGGCACUUUUUUAGAGAAUUUCCAGUGUGAUGUUUUGGUAAUACCAAAGCCCACCACCUUGAAACUUUGAAGGAAGAAAAAGGCCAAAGUUACUGGCCUCGGCUUUUUACUUCAGUUGUCAUGUUUUUCUUUUAUGCCUUGCAUCAUGUACCAGUUUGGUCUUUUUGGUUGAUGCAAACCAUAUCAAUAUUGUAUAUAGAUUAUUAUAAAAUGAAUUUAUCUGCAUUUCUGUUCA